UUACAGCAGGACGGAACAAUGCUGAGGACCCACCCACCUCCUCUCUGCCAAAUCCCUCUGCUGCUCUCUGCUCGUCUCGUCCGGGGUCUGAAACCACUGCCAAACAAGUUCUGAAGAUGAGCUACCCAGGAUACCCUCCUCAGUCUGGUGGAUACCCACCACAGGCAGGGGGCUAUCCAUCUCAACCAGGGGCAUACCCACCCCAAGCAGGCGGCUACCCUCCAGCACAAGGCGGCUACCCACCAGCAGCAGGAGGCUACCCCCCACAGGCAGGCGGAUACCCACCCCAGGCUGGUGGUUACCCUCCCGCAGCGGGCGGUUACCCUCCCGCAGCAGGCGGGUUCCCUCCAGCAGCAGGGGGCUACCCUCCCCAGGCUGGUGGUUUCCCUCCCCAAGCUGGAGGCUUCCCUCCUCAAGCAGGAGGAUUCCAGUCACAGUCUGGAGCAGGAGGUUAUCCCGCCAUGCCUCCUGCAGGUGGAGGCUGGGGCGCAGCACCAAGUGGUGGCUAUGGAGCGCCAGGAGGAGCUCAGCAGGGGUACCCAGGGGGUCCCGCCCCAGGCCAACCCAUGCCAAAUUACCCCGGAGCCCCUGCAACUAACCCUGCAUAUGGAGGUGGAGUUCCGUCCAACCCUCAAGCACCUGCCAUUUCUAAGGGAUACAGGGGUUCUAUUAAAGACUUUCCAGGGGCUGAUCCACUGAGGGAUGUUGAAGUUCUUCGAAAAGCAAUGAAGGGUUUUGGCACUGAUGAAAACGCCAUUAUUGAACUUCUGGGAAGUCGUACCAACAAGCAGAGGGUUCCAAUGGUUGCAGCCUUUAAAACAACUUAUGGGAAGGACUUAAUCCACGAUCUGAAGUCUGAGCUCACUGGAAACUUUGAGAAGCUGGUUCUCGCUAUGAUGAAGAGCCCAGCACACUUUGAUGCAUGUGAACUCAGAGAGGCUAUAAAGGGCGCAGGAACUGAUGAAGCCUGCCUGAUUGAGAUUCUCUCAUCACGCUCUAAUGCAGAAAUUAAUGAAAUCACCCGCAUCUACAAAGCUGAGUACGGGAAGAGCCUGGAGGACGCCAUCAGCAGCGACACCUCCGGUCACUUCCGCAGACUUCUGGUGUCUCUCUGCCAGGGAAAUCGUGAUGAAAGGGAGACUGUUGACAUCUCCCUGGCCAAACAGGACGCUCAGAAACUGUAUGCUGCUGGAGAAAAUAAAGUGGGAACAGAUGAGUCUCAGUUUAACGCCAUCCUGUGCGCUCGCAGCAAGCCCCACCUUCGUGCAGUCUUCCAGGAGUACCAGCAGAUGUGCGGACGAGACAUUGAGAAGAGUGUCUGCAGGGAAAUGUCUGGUAAUUUGGAGUCUGGCAUGGUGGCUGUGGUGAAAUGCAUCAAGAACACCCCGGCCUACUUUGCAGAAAGGCUCCACAAGGCCAUGCAGGGAGCAGGGACCAAGGACACAACCCUGAUCCGCAUCAUGGUGUCCCGCUCUGAGAUCGACAUGUUGGACAUCAGACAGGUGUAUGUGAAGACCUACGGAAAGUCUCUGUACACCCACAUCUCAGGUGAUACCUCCGGGGAUUACAAGAAGCUGCUGUUGAAGCUGUGCGGAGGUAACGACUAAAAGAAAAGGACGCUCAACCUUCAUAAGGACAAAAUAUAUGUCCACACUGAAACAAUGUUAUAGGACCUUAUAUCACCUCUGAUGCAUGUAGUUAAAGUCAGUUUUCCUAUGACAAUAACCAAUCAUUAUUACUUUUGUAUUAUUUUGUGAUUUUUUUUUUUUUGCUACUGUAUCAUCGUAGGUGAUUGCCAAAUAGCAAAUCUAUAUUAAUAUGAAUAUUUUUUAAAGAUGCCCUGGAUAGCUUUGUUGUUACUGUGUAGUGCCUGAAAAUUCAUACUUGAUUUAGAAAUUAUAUCAUAUAGCUGUACGAUGUUACAGACUAGGGCUGGGCGAUACGGCAGAAAACACAAUCACAAUAAUUUCUUGCAUUUUGAUCAGGAUCAGUAUUUAUCAUGAUAUGUAGUUGGAUAAUGCUGCCAGUUUGAAGAGUAAUGACUGAAGCCUGAAGAAGCCAGAGGGACAUCAAAUUUUCUGAGAACAGAGUUUAUGAGCGUAACAAAAUAUAAUAUAAAAUAAGAAUGAAAACAUUUAACCGUGUAAACAUGGCUCGCUUUAGAGUGCAUUUUGUCAUAAAAGAACGUUGAAUAACAUCUAAAUGUGAGCAUUAAACUUUGCAAACAUGCUUUAUCUGCCUCGAAACAAUACGAGUUGGCUUACCUUGUAAAUUCUUAAAGUAAUGGCGUGGUGGUGGGGAUGGUAACUUUUCAGGUAAUGGUAAAAAUUUGUUGUGUUUCCUGUCUUGACUGGAGCUGACCUACAGCAUACUUUUCCAGACCGUCUUUGAACUAUCCAAACGACCGUAAAGCUGACGUCAGAGCAUGUUUUCUGUCAACAGUUUUCUCAGCUUCAGAGGAUAAUGUGUUUCAGCUUUUAGCACUUUAGCAUAAUGAGAUCUGUAUGGAUGUGUAAAACAAACCGUGUGUGGAUUAAGUAAAACAUGUCCUGAAGUUCCCCUGCUGGCUGCUGUAUGCAGCCACACCACACUGGAUGCAGUCGCCUAUAUUUUGGCUUUGUGAUAGGCGGUUAGCUCUAUGCAUAUUUAAUAAAGAAUAUCCAAACUUUAAUAGAAAUGUUAACACAGUCCCGUGUUUCUUCGCCCAGCCCUGUGAUAGAGAAGUAAUUCAAGUGUCCAACAAACUGCUAAACUUCAAAUCUGUGUCAGUUUGUAGUUACAAAGAAAACCUUGUUUGGAGGGUUUCACAAAAUGUGAAAACCUGAAGAUCCAGAACAAGAAGAAGUGUCACAUUUAUCUAAUAUAUAAAGAACAUGUACAAGGAAGCAUUUAGCACAUAACUUUAAACAUGCAUUAUUAACUGCGUGAGGUAAAUUGUACCUCACUACCAAACAUUUCAUCUGUAUACAAGUUAAUGUAAACAGUUUGCACAUUUAGCAAAUUAACUAACUGAAUGUCACACAGAAUAGAUACGAUCAUUUAAUGCUUGUUUAACUCGUAAUUUAAUCACUGGUCAUUUUUGAAUGUUGUGAAAGAAGAUCUGUAAAUGGCCUCUCCUCUGUCUUUAAGUUAACUAACCGGAGUUUCGCUCCUGCUUGCAGGUCUAUGCAAAUUAGCGUUUCAUUUAAUAACCUCUAUGUCAGCUUUAAGAAACUCCUCUUUUUCGGCCUUGACAUGCAAACCUUUCCAAUCAUUACUCAACAUUUACAGUGUUGCCUUUUUCCUAAGAAGCCAAAGCCUGAUGACAGAUCAUGUUGUGCCUUCUUGUCGGGGCUGCUGCGUGAGCUGUUGGGAGCUAUUCGAUGUUUCACUGUGGUUUAUCAAACGGUCAAUAAUCAUACCUGUGUGGCUGCAGAAAUGUCAUUUUUGCUUCUUUUGGUUCUCAGUAUUUUGUUUACAUUAUUUUACAGUGUCCUUUAUUGGUUUGUAUGUUUUGCUGCCAGUAGAGGGCUCUUUACUCACAUGAAGUGUCAUUUCUUAUGUCUCUGUGAUUGUUCGGCUUCAAAUCUGAUCAUCCUUUGCGCUAACUCAACCUUGCAGUCAACCUUGUAACAUGAAUAGCUGAAAUUCAAUAGAUGUCUUUUUAAUAUUGUAACAUUUUGCCAUCUGAUAGUCCGGGAGACUCAAAACAGCCACUUCUCAUUUCAAUUAAAAAAAAACAAAAAAACA